UCAGAUGUCGGUCUUCAUGCGUCUCCGCUGCUCUAUGUAGGUCAGAUCGCUCUCGUCUUUUCUUUCCUCGGCCUCUUUCUUCUUCUGGGCUCUCGUGCGAGGUAUCACCAUCGGGGAGACUUCGGUGACAUCGCUGUCGCUCUCAUCUCCAUGGUAGGAGCUCUCGAAAGGCAGUCUCUCUUGUGAAAUGGCUGUGGAUGAGGGGGGAUGCAUUGGCCGCGGCGCGUGCUCGCCCUCCUGCAAACAAGCGCGAGACACCAAGACGAGCGACGUGUGUCUGUCUCCCUCCAUUCAGGCCUCUGACAUUCGUAGCUAUCAGGCCACUGACCAGCUUGUGUGAUGAUGUCUUUCGUUUGACUCUCUUGAUGUCGGGGUGCUGAAAGGCAAAAAGGCAGCAAGCAAAGAGACAGGCAGACAACGUACGUGGACAGGACUUCUUCAGGGAAGUGCGUUUGUGUAUCCAAUCCCAUUCACCGUGAAGGCAAUCAGUGCUGGGCAGGACAUGAGGAGGAAGUCGCACACCCAGGUCCGCUUGGAGAUCAGCAGCACAGCCGACACCCAUAUGGUGCGAAUCACCGGGGCCGUGAACAGCCUGUAAGUAGGAGCCAAGCAGAAGAACAAACAGCAUGGUACAUCCAUCUCGCUGCGUGUGCCGAAGGAUGCCCAACCGGUGCAUGAGGGCGAGGCCGGCGGAGAGAUACCACUUCGACACCAGCACAUGGUCAAAUUUCUGACAUACAAAGUAGGAAAAUGAGGUUAUCGUCUUUGUUCUUGCCCACGGGCUCGGCUGACCAGUAUGAAGACGAGCAAAAAGUAGAUGCACCAGCUGUCCCACAGCGCCAAGAAAGUGUACCCGAGGAUGUCCUUCAGGCGCCAAUACAGCAACAUCACUCGUUUCUCGGCAGCAGUGUGUGUCUCCUCCGCUAUCCGCUUGGCGAAACAGAAGCGCAAGAAGAGCGGCACGGGCACGGCCAGAAGCACCGACCACAAUGACGCGAAAAAUACUGCCAAGUCGAGACAGACAGAGACAUACAUGAAUGACCGAAUGACAGCAGUGUGUCGCACAUAGAUUGCUGGGCUGUGCGUCUGUCUCACCGUGCCAGCUCGGUAUAAAGGGGUUGCCCAGCGGGAAACACACGUCAGCUGUACGUACCGAGGCAAAUUUCAUCUUAAUUACAGUGUAUAUAUGGUCUGUGCUCAUUGGUGGGUCGACUACGUUACGUACGUGAUGGCUGGAAUGCGCAUUGUGCGUUGAAGAAGAGAGACGAAAUGAAGAGCUCCGUGAGGAUACCCGACAACUCGACCGAAUACCGCUGCGUCCUGCAUUAUUAACGAAAAGGCCUCUGAUGAUCUCGAUGUGCCGUGCGUCUGUUCACUCACUCACCGUGAGAUGAUGGGGUCAUACGGUAGGACCUUGGGCACUGAAUUCAUCCACAGACAGGUAGAUGAGACACAUUCAUUCAUGUAUGAGGCACGCGUGUAGCCAGCCGUACGUGGGUGUUCUCGGAUGGCCACUGUUGUGACGAGCUUUCUCGGCCCCCACUGAGACACCCAUCCAAAGAAAUCAGAUGGACCGCCAACAAAGGAGAGUCAGUGCAUGGCCUAAUACCCAAGACCGUGAUCUCAUCUGACUGACAUCGUGAUAUUGGAGACGCUGAACCACACACACACACACACACACAUGUUGGUUCAUACGUAUGCGCCUUCAAGUGUGUGUCUGUCUGUAUGUGGCUCUCCUCUCCCCCCUCUCCACUCACCUUGGCCAGGAUCAAGUUCUGACACGACGGCAUGAAGGCGAAUGUGAAAUGUGAGUGUACGUCACUUGCCCGUGUCUCUGCUACAUCUUUCCUCUCAGCCCACUCACUGCCCGCACCUUACCUGGUUCCUCUUGGUCUGCUGUGUGAUGGCCGCCCUCAGGUUGACUGCCUCCCAGGUGUAGACGACGGUGUCGUUCUGGUACUGCUCAAACCGCACGAGCUGGUCGUGCAUAUACUUGCAGCACCUGCCACAAUCGCCGCACCGACCAGGCGCCACCUCGCUCUCCACCUUAUCCGCCCCGUCCGCCGGCGCCUUGAGCCGCUCGCUCGCCAAUGGGAGCGACAACUGCAGUGGUGGCUUCUCAGCCGCAUGUUCCGUGUCGUGGUGUAUCAAGGCCGGCGGCUGCGUGUCUGCCUUCUGCGUCCCCACGUCGGGCCGCAGCUCCACGGUCUGCGAGGGAGAUUGGAAUGAUGAUGAGAUGACCAGGUCAACCUGCUGGUCGCCGGCGGCCUGGUUCGACGCCUCUGAUGAUUGUGGCGAGCCCGCUGGAUUUCGCUUGCGCAAAGAGGGACUACCGUGGCCGCGGGUGGGGCGGAAGGUAGCCGCGGCGGGUGCAGCCAAUGUGUUUUCGAAAAAACCGAAGGAAGCAAUUGUCAGGCCUGUCUUGAAGACAGCUGGGUCAUCCGUCUGCGUUGGUGUCUGCUGAGGUGAUGCAUCGUCGAAGAAAGACGCAAUGACCUCUUCGCUGGGGAUGUGAGAGUCCAAGGCGGCCGAGGUCUGCGUCUCGAGCCCGAACAGCCCCGCGACGUCGAGUGCGGACAGUCUUCGGUUCCCGGAGAUGGCUUGAUUGGGAGAAGUGUCUGGGUCUUUUGCGGAGAAGGUGACCGACCGCGCCAUAGCUGCCUGCCUGACCGCGGCCUUCUUUUUCGUCUCAGAUUGGUCGUCGAAGUCUGCGAAGAUCGUGAUGCGUCUCCUGUUGCCGGCGUGGGUCUUGCUGCGUGUCGCGGACGACAGUCGGGAGACGGUCGCAGCGAAGGAGCUCGCGAAUGCCGAGUUGGAGAAGAAGAGACGCACGGUGGUCUUGUUGGUCAGGGAGAGCUUCACCGAUGGAAGAUGCGAGACCUCCAGCCCCAUCUGCCCUUCGGCUGCAUCCGCCUCGUCUCCCUCCAUCUCCUUGAGCGACUCGAUGUGAGACAUGAAGACGGCGUAUACCGUGUAUACCACCUCGUUCUUCUUGAGGCCCUCGGCAUCCUGCUGCUGCUCCUUCCCCUCUCUGUCGCCGCCGAAGGGAAGCCGGAAGAACGACCGGACGGUCUGGGCCGUCUGCGUCGUGCCCUGGCUCAUCCUGCCGAUUGAGCCCCGUCUCUCCACAGAGUGUCUUCUGGCUGGAUGGGCUGACCGCGGCAGUAUAUUGAGAACGUUCCCAUUGUGUGACAACCAGAGCGAGCACAGGCCGAGCUGCGGGCAGUAGGCGUCGAGCGCUGUGGAUGGGAUGAAGAGGGGUGAAGUGCCAAUAUCGUGGGCGAUCUCAUAUGUCGUGGAGGCCCAUGCAGCCUUUUCUUGUUCUGUCGACUGCACCGGCUUCCAACUGUAGCUCUUGUUGGCAAAGAGCGGCGGCUGCGUCAGGAACUGCAGGUUGUUGCCCGGUGAGGUCGUCUCCAACUCCAUUGCAAAGCUCAAAUCCUGUCCGGACGGUGACGUAGGAGCCUUGUGCCGACUGAGGAUGCUCGAUGCCUUCUCCUGGGCUGCGUCCUGGUCUGUGUCGCUGUCAACGAUCUCGUUGGAACCUUUGCGGACGUAGAAGCGCACCACGGUCUGCUCGGGGACGGAGUCGUCAAUCUCGACAACCACUCGAUCCACUGCCAGAAUGUGUCUCGGGCCCUCAAAGUCGAUCUGGUCCACACGGGGCAUGUGUGAAGCAAACAUAUUGAUAUCUGUGUGUCUGUUUGUUCAAGUGCACCAUGGGUUGGAGAAGCCCCUCGGCAAAUGCUGCCUCGGGAUGAACGCAGACCAUCCUGCCCUUGUCCGUCAGCUGAAUACCCACACGGGCCGACACGUAAACGAUUCUUCUCAUUACACGUAAACGUACCCACAGCAGGUGUCGGGUAUCUUCAUACAGGUUCUCGGCGCUUCCACUAAUGUGACCCACCUGCAUCGAUACAUGGAGACAUGCAUUGAGACACAGCGUGAAAGAUCAUGCGACACUGGCUCACGUUGAUGACGGCCUCAAAGGUGAAGUCGUGUGCCGGCAGAAAGAGAGCGUUCUUCUUCAUUCGACGGAUAAAGACGGGAAUGGCUCCCAACGGGGGCAGAUAGCGAGACUGCUUCUCGGCGGUCAACCCGCGCUUCACACCGGCCAACUCGGGGUGAGUUGAAGACAAACGGAUCUCUGCGGCGCUGCGCACAUUCAUUCAUGUGACAAAUUGAGCACUCCUGUUCUUCCCCUUCCAACAUGUAAUGUAUGCGAGAAGCCUACCGCAUUUUGCUGUAUGCUGUGUUGUUCUCUUGCGCAUCUAACAAGGCGGCGAACAUUUGCUUCUGGCGCGUGAACUAUGGCAAAUUGUCACAAAGAAAAACACCAGGAUAUUAUGAAGCUCUUCAUCUCCUUUGUAUGCGCAAACUUACAUAGUCCUGUCUCCUUUUGUAGAUUUGUGACAUCUUCCUGAACGAGCGGCCACGACUCACUGCAAACAAUCACGCAUCGACAGAACAGGAAAAAGCGUGUGAAUCGGUGUGAGAAAUGGGAACGAAACGUGUGUGCACCCACUUUCAUCUCCCUGCAACAGCUUCUCUGCUUUUCUCUCGUUGCUGAUGUUAGCAAAGCUCGCGACGGCGUGAGCGACUUGCAUGGCAGUGCUGCGCAGCUCCACCUCCCUCUCAGGUGAGAGGCCAAAGACGAAGAAGAGAGGCCGAGCGGCUACAGGGAUCGUGAAGUCCGACUGGCCGCCGUCCGUCAUCGGCUUGUGCGAUCGGUGAGGGUCCUUGCGUGAGGUGGCACAAGAGAUGGUCGACGCCGCGGUUACAGUCUGGCGCAUGUCCGACGUGGAUGCCUCUGCAUCGACACACACACGGGUUGAAGAGACGUCCCCAUUUGUGUCAUUCGUGUGUAUGGGCGUACGGUCGUCGUCAACCAUGGCCGCUCCAUGUUGGGCUUCCUCCUCCAUCACUCUGUAGCGCCUGCCUCGGCGAGCCACACUUCGGAGCGUGAGCAGGGAUGCGGCUAGCCGAGCCUGACGGUUGCGAGACGGAAAUCGGAUCACUUAGACACGAGACAGACGUGGUCAUCCGAGCCGAGCUAUGUACCUGUACAUCUUUGUACUCUUUGUUCUGCACGUUGUACCAAAGCUGUUGAUCUGACCCCGCCUUGUCAGCUUGGGUGUCCAGCAUGUCCUUCAUGGCUUUCUUCGCCUGCAAGGUGCUCUUCAUGUGGGUCAGCGGCGAAUGCUCGUCCUCGUCCUGAUGACGGACAGACAGACAGACAGACAGGCAGGCAGACAGGCAGACACGCGCAUGUCCCUUGAUAUACACGCUUCAUCCCUUUUGCAUACCAGGCCCUCAUCGUCUUCCCCGUCAGCCCCCUGCUUAUCCUUGCCGUAGAGAGUGGGCACUGUAUGCUUCGUCACCUCUGAGAAGGGCCGCUCUCGGUAAAGGAUUGACGUCAACCAGCCGAAGCAGCAGAAAUAGCCUAUCCAUCGGCCGAUCAUCGUCACGUUGAUGACCACGGGAGCCACGAAAAUCAUCCCGCCAAAAAAACUGAAUGAGACACGCACAUAGCGCAUUGCACUUGCACUGAAUCGACCUGCCCUCCGGCUAUCGGCUAUCCGUCUGCAUGCUUACCGAAAAGGUGGGCAGAUCAUACAGAGGAAAUCCAUGUCUUUGCGGGCGUAGCGGUCUUGGAAGAAGAUAUGUUGGCGUUUGCGGGGAGAACGCCAGUCGUGUCUAGGAGAAAACAUCGGCAAGCAGCAGUGAAGGUCGAAUCGCACGCAGUGCUCUGCUCCAAGUGUUGCGGCCACCUGUCUCGUGUUCUCAGAUAUAUGCAGGGGGAAAAGAGCAAGCCAAGGACGAAAACAAGGCCGAGAAAGUGGUGCGGUCUCUCGGCGAGCCCCUGCAGCAGCGUGUCGCUUUCCCCGACGAUGCCGAUGUUCGAGCUCUCGAACUUUCUCGUGGACUGCUUGGCAGCAGCAACGAAGCUGGUGAGAUGGUCGCAGCUGCAUGUCACAUGACUUCCGUUGCUCUCGAGCUCGGUGCAGCCCUCUCUCGACCAGUUGCCGCUCCGUUCGUCGAAGAACUGGCAGGUGCACUCUGUGAAGUUCUCCCAACUGAAGGUGGUCCCCGGUUGAAGUGCAGGCGGUCCCUCCAGGUUCACGCUCGGGUUGAAAGUGCUCACGCCUGGGAGCUGCACGUAUGAGUGACAAGCAGAGGAAACUCGACUUUGCUUCCAAUGGACGUAUUUGUUUGUCAGGUGCUCACCUUGAACAGGCGUCUCCUCAUCGUUGCCUCGUGGUCUAUGCUUUGCGGCAGCAGCGCCCACACGUCUAGACUAAUCAGCGGCGAGAGGGUGGCGUCGAGGCCCAUCACAGACACCUGAUCGUAGCUGCGCUGCAACAAACGCACCUCUGAGUCAUCACUGGCUGACGUUGCAUUCGUGAUGUUCGGGCACGCCAUGGUGAAGUUGACGAGACGCGGUGCAUCCUCUGCCGUGUCAUCGAGACGUCGGCCGGUAUCUCGCCUCCCGAUGUUGAGCGAUCGGCCAUUGCACUUGAGCUGAAUCGUCCUCACGUGUCCGAGUGUUGCGUUGGCUGCGGGUGCAAAAGCGAAUGGGUUGGCGUUCCAGUCCAUCUGGCUGACAGAUAUCGGCCCGUCGAGAGCCGACUGCGGCGCUAGCUCAUCGAACAGCAGCAUGUCAUCACCCCCAGCGAACGCGAGGCUGCCCUGCAUCAGACCACAGCACAUGAAAUCACUUGUGUGUGUGAAUGGGUAUGUGUCUCUCGCAUUUGAUUCAUCACACGUACGGCUCCCGCGCUCAUGCCCGUCUGGACGAACUCGUCUUUGUUCCGCUUCAUGACAAGGACCUUCAGCCCGCCUCUCUCAACGCUUUGCUCCUCUCCCUCAACGGCUUCGUCAGAGAUAUCGGCUGCCAGGCUCUGACCCGCCUCGAGACACCUGCUGGAUAUCUCUUUGGACUGGCUGCUCAAAUCGGCGGUGGCCUCUAGCCUCUCCGUCAGGGCUGACAGGCUCUGCAGACCGCAAGACAGCAAGAGACGCACAUCAUUAGUACAUGCAUGAAAGCGUGGAGCGCGUUCCUCAUUUACGCUCGGUGCUCACUCACUCCAAGUACGGCCCCUCUUGCGGCUGUGGCGGCCUCGGUGUCAUCACUUGCCGCACUGCACUUGCCUGUCUGAGCCCGGGUCUGGCCGGCCACCAGCUCGGCGCUGAACGAACGAAUAUGCUCAAUUAGUAUACGGAAAUUUGUAUGCGUGUUCGGUUACGGACCCUUUGUCGAGCAUGUCAUGGUCAAGGUGGCUAGAGAGGCCUGCUGAGAGUACCUCCUCUAUCACCUGUGAUACCACGCACACCUCAUCCUCGCCUAGCCCCUGAGACGUCUGCACUCACACACAUGUUACAUACGCAUACAACAACAUAUGCACAGAGGCUGAAGGAAUGUCGACGACGCACCUUGAUUGCGUCAAACAAGCCACUGAUGAGCUGCGUGCCACUGAUGAGCUGCGUUUGAGUCUCCCCACGUGAUCGCUGGGCCUGAAGAAGCAUCACUAUCGAAUCGGCCACCUGACUGCACGAGCUGAGAAUGCCCGAUGCGUCAGCGUUCAGGAGAGCCUGCAAGUUGUAAUCAAGCACAGCAGGCGCAUGCGUGUGCCGAGACGCGGAAUUGGCUGACGAGGUACUUACUGCAGAAAGAACGUUUGUGAUGUCUCCAGCGGACACAUCACCAGCCUUCACAGCUUCACUGGUUACUUCCACAGACGGACACGCUAGCGCGUCUUGCCGAGCAGCAACCAUGUUCCCUUGCAUCUGACACUGAUAGCCGUGUGCGUCCCGCACUACACCAUAGAGCGUCCAACGGCCCUUAGGCAGCGGUCGCUCACAUAUAAGCCCCCCUUCGCUCGCUUUUGAAAAUGGGCACAUUCUGAUGGGGCUGCUGCUGGACUGAUCGUCGCCGGCAGCCGCUCGAUAAAAGGCAAAUGCCUGAUAGAGAAGCGACGCAGGUGCAACAAAUCGCGUAUGUGUGUAUGGUGGGAGACGUCUUGAUGAGUUUAUCUCUUUGUGUGUACCAGCUCAUCAAUGUCGUCAUCGUCCUUCCAGCCAUACAUCUCCAAUCGGACAGUCUCGAAUGUCGAUACUGUGGUUUUGCUCGCGGUAAUGUGGCCGCCAAAGGGGGGACGAUCCAUCAAGAAAGCAUCUGAGACAAUUGUCUGGUCAGCCGAGAGCUUCGCCGCAACGCGGUAUGUUUGCCCAAUGUCCAGCGCAUCCAUAUCAAGAGCGACCCCAGAAAUUAUCUGGCCGAUCUGAGCCGCUUCCAUCCCCUGCUUCAAUAGAACAAUCCUGCUCUGAGCCUGCGUCAGGGCCUCUGACGGGUCCAGCAGCGUCUCGCUCGUAAUGCUUCUCCCAUCCGCUCUCUGGAGCCACCACUCCACUGUGUCCGUGGAAAGUGACUGGCACUGGAUGCCUGCCGCCUCCGUCGAUGGGGUGAAGAGUACCACGUUGACACGUUCUUGCCUUGAAGACACCCUGCAACCGACGAAAGAAAGAUGACAUGCCAGUGUGUGAAAAAGCCUCCGUCUGAUCCUCACUUCUUCGGAAUGGGUGAAAGGGCGAGCGGAGGCUCGCCGGAGCUGGUGAAGGCCACCUUCGUCACUGCCGGCCCUUCGUCGCUGACCGUUGUGCCAUCUUUCUCGAUGUGAGCCGUCAGAGCAAAGAAUACAACGCUGGCAGACAGACGAGUGCCCUCGACUGGUCUUUCCCCCUUGUGGCUGGUCGUAGUUGUCGUUUCUCCAUCAAAGAAGGCUGCACCUGUGCACGACUCGACGAGAGAAGAUGACGUAAGGAGAUCCAGAGCAUCUUUGGCUGAUCGAUCCGCUAUCUGGCUGGCGAACGUCGUUGCGCGCAACUCCUGGGUGUUGUCGCUGAUCUUGAAACACUGCCACUUGAGACCGAGAGCGGCAGCCGGAGGUGCAGCCACGUUGUAGGACAGCGAGAAUGGGCAGCGGUCUCCAACGACUGUCGGCGCUGUGAGACUGACAACCGGUUGAGAGUAGCCACCGACGUCGACUCGAAACUCGACCGACACUCGGUGCUCAGGGGAGUCCUUGUACCAGGCUUGGGCGACGAUUAUCAGCGAAGAAAACGGCUGCAAGGUAUCUGGCUGGAGCAAGAUUUUCAGCUGGUGGCCAGAUGUGUUGUUAGCAGAUAGAGACACCAACGAGUCAUCGCCCGCUUCGCUGGCCGCUUGCCUGUAUAGCCACUCGACAACGACAUCGCUCGCGCUUGAGACCGAUGUCGAGGGACAUGAUUGUUGGGCAUCCUGGCUGGUGUCUGCCAAGACGACUCGAAGUGAAAGAGGCUCAUCCACCUAUCCAGAAAAUACCAUUCGGCGCGUGUGAGUGCGCGCUUUUCGUGCCUACGUGUUGGCUGGAGAUAGCUGGGCUGCCCAACGAAGGAACAAGGCUUGGAUAGCUGACGCUUUGCCUGAUGUCGACGUCGAUGGAAAUCUCUUCCCUCAGCCGUGACGAAAGAAAAUUCGUCGCAUUGAUCUCAAACACAAAGCGCACGACGUCGGUGCUUUGCAGGCUGCUGUCUGCGUCGACCGCUGCACGGAUCUGUUCAGGGGUAAGCACUAAACUAGUGCUGGCGAGACCUGCACAGUGCACACACAUGUAAGGUCACAGGGGGCUGUACGGUUGUCUCCUGGUGGUAGGCGACAUGCAAGGUGAAUCUCCGGACUCACCUUCGGUGGAUGAGAUGUGAUCAUUGAGGUAGGAGCACGCGGCGACCGGCUCGAGACACGUCCACGAAACGUCAAGAGGACGCCCACUGCCGCCACUCAAGUACACAUCGACAGCGGCCACGCUGUCGCAAAUGGAGUACACUGGUCGCUUCAAAACAGUAGCGAAGAGCACGGGAAGGAUCACACCUGCCUGUACGCCGAUCUGCUUUGACACGUCAGAGAGGAACCAGCCUGUGGGAAGGGGAGAGGCCUCACUCAUCGCUGCCUCGGCUCGCGCAAUCGUGGCGUCGUUAACGGUGAUCAGCUGGCCAACUUUGGCAGUCGGGGAGUCACCGAAAAGGACUGCAAUCAUCCGGUCAGAUACGGCGAUGCACUGCGGGUCAGUGCCAAAUGAUGCCGAGCUCUCGGCAGUGAAGAUGCCGCACAGAUCUCCACCGCCACGAGUGACGGGAGUGAGAGCAUUGUCGCUGCCGAGAACCGCCAAAGGAACGUCGAACGACACGAGGAGAGCCGAGAAGCCCGUAAUAAAGUCGAUGGACAGCAGAGUCGGCAGGGGCAGCUCUUCGCAUAAGAAUGACUCAGUGGGCGAUGCUUUGCAGCCAAUGGUGGUGGUGGCACUUGUCUGCCCCGCCAGAUCGCACUCCAUCUUAUGGCAAAGGACAAGUUUGUCCGGCGGGGAUGUCGAGGACAUGUCGCAGAUGUGCCAGCCCGCGAGGAGAGGUCCCGUCGCCAUGUCACACGCGGACAGACGGGUGCACGUUGAUGGCUCUCCAAUAUUGGUCGUACACGUCCACCCUUCGUCGAUCGCCAAACAGUCAGCUGCGCAGCCUGAACAACACAAAACGAGCAAGACAGACACAAAGUGUAUGAAUCCACCAACGUUCACUGGUACAUACCAUCGCCCGAGACAGAGUUGCCUGCGUUGUUGAAGCAAGUAAGCAAUAGCACAGCAGAUACAUUACAGGCGUACUGUGUGUGUGUGUGUGCGUGCGUGUGUGUGUGUGUGACCAUCAUCGCAGACUUCCGCUUCGGUCUUGAACGCGUCUCCACAAAGAGAUUGCUGCACAUGGGAAUGGCGAAGAAAACAGUGAAGCAUCUCUUCUUUCUGGCCUCCAUCUGGCCAGCGUCCAUGUCUCUUGCUUACACACGAGUGGAAGAAGUUGCCAGCGUCAUCAGCAGUCGUAAUGCACUCGUAGCCCUCCGGACACUGGUCAGGACAACCUGCAAUGCCCAUGUACAUACAGUGCUCCCUCGACUACUGGCGUCGAAUUUCACUCACCUUCGAUGACAGUGAGGACUCGCCCAUGUCCAGGUGCCGUGGUGUACUUGGCAUGCAGAGCAUCAGCAUCUUCCCCGCUGAUAUCACACGACUCAUCCCUCUGCUGACUGGCGUCACAAUAGCAGAUAGCGAGCCGACCCUCAUGUGUACCGACAGGCAGCGGAGGCGUCUUUGUUGUCCCGCAGGUGACUUGUGUCGCCUCUCCCGUGCACGCCAGCCUCUGGUCAACGGCCUUGUUGGCGAUGGCGGCGUCAGCAACGGCGACGCAGAAGGCAGAUUGGGAUAAGGUGCUGUCGUCGUGGAGGCUCGGCGGCAGGUACGCGUAGAGGAUCUGGUCGCUGGUCUCGUCCAUGUUGGUGCCGGUGAGUUCCAGACUGAAUGUCUGACCAACACUCAGUGUGAGGCCGGUCGAUCCCGGGACGCGCAGAGAGUCAACGACGGCUGCCGCGUCUUUCGGACGAUAUUCGAGCUGCAGGGAGAACGCCUCGGCAUUGCCGUUUCCCGCCUGGUCGUGCACCACUCCAGCAGGCACCUCCAGUGCGGAUGUUCCUGCAAUGCUCCUCCGGACCAGCAAGAACCACUCGUUGGUAAACACCGACUCGGGCGGGACAGAGGCCAGACCAAGAUUCGCAGCUUGCAGCGCAGCGUCGAGAACAGGGCUCUGGAUUGCGACGGGCUCCGUGGAAGUAAGCGACAGAUUGAAGUAUCCAUCCGUUGACGAGGCGUCGGUGGUGCGGAUGGAUUGGCUGCUGUCGUCCAGGUGUAGAGACACGGACGGCGGCGUUAGAUCGUUGGUGACGCUGACCGUGUUCGACUCUGUGUUGGUCCUCCCCGAGGACACACCCACUGCCGCCCCGUCAGGGAUGAAGAUCGAUGCAGAAGAGUCCGCUUGGAUGGAUAUGUGUAUGUCAAACAUCUUGUGGCCGCUGUCUUGGGCUUGGACGCUGUCCACCGUAGCAUUCGUUGCCGUUACGUCUGAUGCUGUGAAUGUGCUCGGAUCCAUGGCCUCAGUAAAUGUUGCCACAACAGUGACAGCCUGUUGGUUGGUGAGAGCAGGUCCCGUGAGAACGAGGCUGACAGUCGGCCUCGGCAGCUCUUCGGCAAAUGCGAGUUGGAAGGAUGAUCCUCUAAGAGCGUUGUCCGUGACAGACGAAACAGACACAUUAAGAAGCCCCGCCUGACUUGAUGCUGCGGAGAUCGUCGCAACUCCCUUGAAGAGGGUGGUGGUCAACCCACAAUCCCCGAACUCCACUCCACUCACAGAAUUCGCGUCCAGGCUGCAGUCGAUGCUCACAUCGUCUGACCUCGAGCUGACGGUGUUGUUGAAGGCGUCUGUCAGGGUGAGAGUGAGUGCGACGGAGGUGCCGACCAGAAAGGUAGUGUUGUCUUGCACGCUGAUAGCGAGGCUGUCAGCGGCUCCGGGGACGACAGAGAAACUUAGAGUGCUCGAGACAUCAAGUGCUUGAGAGGGGUUCGCCAUGCUCACGCUGUACGACCCGACUUGCGUGAACACAUAAGUGAAGGUGACAGUGUCUUGACUUGCGAAGGAGAUGCUGUGCGGGCCAAUUGUCUCUUCUGUGGACACAAUCGAUAGUUGGAUGCUCAUGGUGGUUGAAGCCGGCUUUCCAUAAGUGUCCCGCGACGACAUGGUGAUGGAUGCCGUGUCUCCGGCAGGGACAGUAGCCGCCACGCCGCUGAGAAUCACAUCAAUCGGCACGCCUUUUCCUGGCAAGUCGAUGCCUAUGAUAAGCGCCGCCUGAUUGAUCCACGUGACUGUCUUGCCAGUAAGAGCAUAGUUGGUGUCCCUCAUAUCCAUCGUCCCAACUCGCAGCUCAAGGCUUGUGCCUGUGCUCUGCACCGAGAUGCUGGCCACGCCGUGCACGAUCGCGAUGUCGGCGGUUCCGGCUGCUAUGUUCUGGGAUAUCACUGCAGUUGACGGCUCGAUCAAAAGGGCGGCAGAGACCCGAUUCUCGUCAUCCCGCAGAUAGACGCUGAUCGUGCCCAUGGCCUCGGGAAGCACAUUGCCAUGGGCGUCCUCUGCUCGUAUAAUGACCGAGAUCGACUGAUUCGCAGCCGCAUUUGCCGGGCCAGUGACUGCGACUUGCUGCGGUGAAGCUAUCGAUUCGGAUACAAAAGGAGACGGCGGAAGAAGAGAAGAAUGAGGCAACUCGUCUUUCGCCUUUGGCAACCAUGGCUGCCUACUUGGCAGGACGCAGAACGAUCUUCCUAGCAUAUAGCGGUUCGUGCGGGUCGAGUUGUACGUCACCGUUUGUGUCCCGCCUUCACACACAUUGACUCGCACUCACAGGUGAGACAGAGUGGGUCUGUGUGUCCGCGCGCACCUUGUAUCUGCUCCAUGACAUCAUAUGCUUGCCCUGUCCCAUCAACAGGGUUGAUCGUCACAGCCCCGCUUGUGGCUGCAUUCACCGUCAAUGGACAAAAUCCUGCAAAGAUAGAUCUCAGGAAACCAAGAGCCAGCAAAUGCCCAAUGCACAGACACACUGUCGCUUCUCGCUGCCAACGAACCGUUCGUCAUUUUGCAGAAGUUCAAUAUGGGCUGCACAUACCACUCCAUGUUCCAGGGGUCAAAUACAGCGUUGGUUCCUUGCAAGAUUGCGAGUAUAUUGGUCUCAACAGUGGGGUCGUCGACGGGCCCCCCGCUAGUAUAGCUGGCGGCCUGCAGGUUCACAGUGAAGGGCUGCCCAGCCGUGGCGUAGUCAUCGCCCCCGGGCCACACCGUAUACACCACUUUGUCUGCCGCGAAAGAGACAUUUCCAGAAUGUGUGUGCGUACAGGCAGGUGUGAAAACUCACACAUGCAUCCACUCACUGGUAACAAGCAGCGUCUUGCUCGUCUCGAUAUACUGCCCAGAUGCCACUUCGUGUUUCACACGUAUGUUGACCUGUCGAGCCGGCAGAUCGCAAUUGACUUCGUCGAAACUGACCUCGAAGACACCAAUGCCUCGUUCGAUGCGCACAUCGCUUCCGCCGUCGGGAGUCCGGUACAGCAGACAGUUCAGCCCGGCGGCAAUGUUGACGGUAGCCGAGCAAAUGGUGCAUCCGUCGAGGCCUGUCUCCACGAUGUUGCCAUUAGGGGUGUCCAGAAGGCCAACGUAUACUGGGACAUAGGCGUCAGCAGCAACGAUGUUGUUGCUGAACUCUAUUGCGAUUUCUGUCGGCUUGUCGUUCACUGAGGGACACCGCAAAAAGGAAACAUUGAAGCACUUUCAUGUAGGUGUGAUGUGCUCGCGUGUGUCUUGACUUACAAGGCAGCCAGCUGACAGUUUGUAUUGAGUCGCCUUUGAGAUGCGCCGGCCCAGCGACGCGUGCCAUGGUCUCCCUCGGUGACUUUGUCUCUGUCAGCUUGAUGCUUGCCAGACCUCUUGUCAGCUGAACAGUCUCAGUGGCCACUAGGGUGUGCCCAGGGAAGCUGCUCAGGCUAGUUGUCGGAUCGGCAGCUGAUAUGUGUGACAGUAGAGACAUAAAUGUACAGUUGCAUGGUGUCCAUUCUUGCAGCCUACGGCUUUGCACGACAAGCCAGUGGAUGUCCUCGGGAUGCUGCCAAUUAUUGAAGCACGUGUGUGAGGUGUCGUCUUUCCCCUCCAUCUCACUGUCACUGGAGCCCUGCACAUAUGUAAGCACUCACAGAUGAAUGCCUGGCACCUUGAUGGAGACAAACCUACCUCCAGUGUGAGCGAAACGGAUGUCGCGUUCCGAUACGACACGUACUGCAUUGUCAAGGCACGCAUCGAGAUUGUGUGUUGUGUUCUUUUCUGUGGGUACGUGCUCAUACCUGUGCAAAACGGAAGAGCUGACCGCUGGGAAAGGGCUGGCUGAAUUCAAUCGUCCAGCGCGGAUCGGUGGAAGAUCGCGAAAGAACGCCUACGUCCAGGUCUCUCACGGCGAGGCUGCAGAACAUCACAGGUGCAUCCAUCCAUGCAGCAAUCUCUUUUUGUACUUAGGCCCGCGAUGCUCUAUGGCCAGAUAGCCCACGGUGAUGUCACUGUUCGACAGCGAAAGCAACACACCAUCAUCUGUGAGACCGACACAAAAAGGCCAUGGAAGGAAGACAGCGACAGGCUGCUUGCUUGAUUGUCUGUCUGUCCGUCGGGCUUGUCUGUCUGUUUGUUUGCCCUUACUCUCGUCCUGAAGGCCCAGCAAAAACCCAAGAGGUGUGACGUCACGGACGCGGACAGUCAGAAAUCUCUGCUGAUCAGUGUACGGCUGGACGGUCGCGAUGACCACCACCUGGGUGCAUGUGCACAGAUACAAAAUCGGCAGGUCGACAAAGAUAGGGCGUGCCGUUCGUGUAGUGGCCCCGCACCUUGCUCGCUGCUCGAAAGGGCUGCUGGAAAAUGACGCGUCUCCAGCCAUCAGAUGCGUACGUGAUGGCCUCUGGCGUGGCGGUCCCGACAACGAAGUCGGCGGGAAAUACGACAGACCCCACUUCUAUGAGGUCGAGGCCCCUCUGUGGGUUUGGUUUCUGGUAGAGGCCUCUCUCAACUAUGGCCCAGUCGAAGCUGGUUGUCAGUGAUGAGUCGACUGUUGCGCACGCAGGCUGCUCCGCAGUGACGAAGAACGACCUGACGGCGCGUGCAAUACGACAGAUGACUUUCAUGCUGGUGUCUCAUGGGCUGCUUCCAUGCAUACCAUCCAGUCUGCGUGCUCAGGGUCUUCCUUGCGUUUGUCGGCCCUCUGAUUCGUGUGACUCGCGGCCUGGCCGAGGCCAUGUUGCUGGUUGCAGAGGCCGGCAUGUGGACGCCGAGCAGCACAAUUGGCUGGGCGAAUCCCUGUGUGACAGUGACCUGUGUCUCGUCGGUUGAGGUCACGCCAGUCAUAUGUCCCAUCUCCGCAUAGACAAUCUUCGCUGCAUUCAGUGAGACAUAAAAAAAGAGAGGAAGAGAAAAAAGCUCAGCCUAUACGUUUCUGCUUGUCGCUCACAUGGACCAUCCGUCCGGGUAUAAUACAUCGGUGAACCCCCUGGAUUUGGGACCCAAAGGCAUUCAUGCCUGUAAACCUGCAUGAGGGUCGUCGUGCAAUGACCAUCAAUCAAUUGACACCCACCCACCUUCAGGUGUGCAGCGGAGGCCUCGAAAUCCAUGCGCAAGUAUGCGUCCUGUGCGCCACACGGGCAGCAAGCACAUGCAAGCCUUAUACUUUGUAUGUCUCACUCACCACAACGCCUCUCGGUAUGACGGUGUACUGGUGUGUUGGGGGGCCUGAGGUGCUGUACCCGUAGACGAAGGUGUUUGUCGAGCUACUGUACGUCAGACGUAUUGUUUCCUGGGGGUUUGUGGGGGAGGCGUACGUUCCCGUGACGUCCCACACUGACAGAGGGAGGAGUGACAGACAACAGUAAAUGUCGGAAAUGUCUGUAGGCAUUCUUCUUUUGGCUUCUCCGCUCGCGGCGUCCUUACAGGGAUCGAGCGAGUAGCAUUCUUGUAGGUCAUAGUCGUAGCAGCACCCGAGAGCUUCACAGUUUGCUGGCGCAAGCGGAAUAUUUGGCACCAUUGCACAGCGGGCAAAGGCCAUGCUCUUGUUCGGACACGUCACAUAUUCUGAGGGAGAGAGGAAGAGAGAGAGAGACAUGUGACAUCGACCUUUGAAGCUGUACUCCUCACGUGUGUGGACGCCAAAGUACGGCCCGGUCUCGACGUCAAUCAUCGGAACACUGUCACCCUCAGAUGCGACUGAACAGAGAGAAUGGCCAAACACGCUUUCACUUUAAUGAGAACAAGCAUGCGCUGUGCGGUCCCGUGUUGUGCUGUCGCGACCUUGUCCAAAGGUUGGACAGUUGUUAUCUGCUUGAGCUGUCACAUAGACAUACUGCGGCGCAGUGACACGCGCCGCCUGAUCCUCUGCAUUGACCAUGGCCACUUUGACAGCUGGUCUGACUGCAGACAGAGGAAGAUGGCUGGAGAAAGAUAGACGCAGUCAGCUUCAUGCGUACACGGCUCUUGCUUGACAAAAGCGUCGAAGCCGCUUGCGGGCACCAAGCUGGUGCUAUUUGUCGCCUCACAUCUGCUCGAGCCGCCGCUACCGCUGAACACCGCACAAAAGCACGCCGAGGACUCUGAACAGCUGCGAAGAAGCGACAUACGUACACGUUAAGACAGACAGCCGUUGCAGCGGGAAGACGACAUGGGUGCUGUUUGCGUACCUGUUGUAACAAACUUUUUUCGUUACACCAGACCCCAGCACACUGCGGUCGCCCCCCGUGCAGUCAUAGUCAGUGUGGGUCAGGUAAGGCACUGCAUGACGCCGACAAGAGUGACCGACAUGCCGUGCAGCUGCUUGUGGUUCAUGUCUCUGUGACUUACCAUGGGGCGCGCCCAGAAUCCUCAGCCCGUACACACGCACGGGCACUUCCCCGUGGGUCUGCAGCAGCUUUAUCUCCAACUCGUCCGUGUGGACGUAGGGAAAACGCACGUGGAGCCAUGUCUGCAGACAAGCAGCAAGAAACUAGGUACAAGAGACAUGGCCCGGCCCUCGGUGUACCUGGUCAUUGUCGGUAACCUCCGCGGCUUGCAUCAUUCCCGCGCCACUGUCCCCGUACCACACCUCGACCGUCUUCGGAGUGUGUGGCUGGGCGACCAGCCGCGGGAUGAUCUUGCGCUUCUCGUAUUUGUCAAACGAGAUUUCUACGCCUCCAAUGUACGCAGCAGAAGUAAAAUUGAUAAGGAAGACGUCGGACGAGCCGUCCACCGACGAGCCUUCCCAGUAGGUGUCGGAGGCAUCUGUAAGCAUCUGUUCCAUCGCCGAGCCGCCGCUGAAGGAAUGCGCCGGGAUGUGUGUGUACUCGGGCGCAUUGGUCGCUUCGAUGGCAAGAUCGUCAAGUGGCCGCCACCCAAAAGGGUCCGUUGCAUAUUGUAUCUGAUGCAGCGUGACGGCGACUGAAGUGAAAAGGCGGGAAACACACACACACACACAAAAAAGGAAGCAGUCAGUGGUGUUUCCAUUCGCAAGAACGAAUACGUCUGCAUUUGCCGGUCACACAUCCAGCAGUGGUGCCGUGCUCGGUGGCCAUCGUGAUGUCGCCCGAGGAAGGCUGCUUCAGCAGAUGGCAGUGUCCGGUGUCCUGUUGAUAGUUGAUGUACUUGCAGUCGUUGCGGCUGUAGCAGAGGGCGAGACAGGCACGCGCACUGGACGGGGAGAAUAUCAUGUUUUCUCCCCCAAACCCCUGCCAGGCAUAGUCGGCGCCUUGAUACGCAUAGUCAGCAGACAUGGCUGCCGGGAGAUAGCAGUAGGGAAGGCAAGAAGCGUCCGUGGCGUCAGCCUCGAUCGCUGCAACACACGCGUUGGCCCACUACUCUUGUCAGAUGGUUUCGAAUAGUCGAUUUAAUCACCUGAACAAUCGCCUCUGCCAUUGAUGGCACCGGGCUCAUCUUUGAACGAAUCAAUAUCGCCAGGAUAGCUGCAAAUACAGAACAGGAAUUGUGUGGCGCGAGUAUCCGCUGUUGAAGCGUGAGUACAGACGGAUGCAUACAUUUCAAAGUGACCGCAUUGCGCGUGGCCCAUGUGCGUGGACACAGUAAAGUGCGUGCAGGAGGGUUCCGCCAGGCACUCUUGCUGGCAGCGGACGACGGCGGUUUCCUUGGUUGUGGUAUCUUUCCAGCCCCCUGAUGUUGAGAGUCUGCGGGGGUGCGAACUGUCAGUCGAAUACGUGUAGGCCACAUCAAACUGAUAGCAGCCUGUCGAUGAAUGCAUCCAACAUGCAACACAGCCAUCUUCAAGCGUCGGUGUUCCCUUUGACGCCUUCUCACUGGCUUUGCAGAAGGGCGUCUCCUCGCAAGAGAUUCCGUCAUAAGAUCCGAAAUCACAGUACCGACAACAUAAGUGCCCCUGCACACCGCAGCCAGUCGUCGUUGCCUCGCACGUGGGGUCAAACUUGACGCGUUCGCCGCUCGACAGAGAAAGACCGGCACACGUUGAUCUGGUCACGCUGAUGUCAUUGAGGCAUUCGUCAAUCAGGCAGCAGGAGGGCUGGAAGCAGAUGGCAAGCAGCAAAGAGAUGGCAACGGGAGCCAGAAGGCCUGAAUGCCGUCCUCCUGGAUCAGGAACUGCCAU